AGGCCUUUCCUUGCUCUCUGUUUCCAGGAAUAUUCCUCUUCCUUGGGUGGAAAUGGGAGUGUCCCACAGCCUGCACUUGGUUUCCUCAGGAUUUACCAUUCGCCCCGUGGACUCCCUCUGGACUCUGCUGACUGGCUGGGGUGGGUUCUCAUCACUGACGCCCUGCUGGCAGACUUGGAGUCCACGACCUCCCACAUCUCCAAACGGCCUGUGUUCCUGUCUGAGGAGACCCCCUACUCGUACCCGACAGGAAACCACACAUACCAGGAGAUUGCCGUGCCACCCCCUGUCCCUCCACCCCCGUCCAGCGAGGCCCUCAAUGGCACGGUCCUUGACCCCUUAGACCAGUGGCAGCCGAGCACCUCCCGAUUCAUCCACCAGCAGCCUCCAUCCCCGUCCCCCGUGUACGGCUCCAGUGCUAAAACUUCCAGUGCCUCCAACCCCCAGGACGGCGUCGGCCUUCCGUGUCCCCGAGCCGGUGAGGAAGAGCACGUGUACAGCUUCCCCAACAAGCAGAAGUCGGCCGAGCCUUCACCCACCGUCAUGAGCUCCUCCUUGGGCAGCAACCUUUCUGAACUCGACCGCCUGCUUCUGGAGCUGAACGCCGUGCAGCAUAACCCGCCAGGCUUCCCUGCAGAUGAGGCCAACUCAAGCCCCCCACUGUCUGGGGCUCUGAGCCCCCACUACGGCAUCCCGGAGAAUAACAGCCCACUGGGGGGCAAAGCUGGGCCACUGACCAAAGAGAAGCCCAAGCGGAACGGAGGCCGGGGCCUGGAGGACGUGCGGCCCAGCGUGGAGAGUCUCUUGGAUGAGCUGGAGAGCUCAGUGCCCAGCCCUGUCCCUGCCAUCACUGUGAACCAGGGCGAGAUGAGCAGCCCCCAGCGAGUCACCUCCAGCCAGCAGCAGACACGCAUCUCCGCCUCUUCUGCCACCAGGGAGCUGGAUGAGCUGAUGGCCUCGCUGUCGGAUUUUAAGACCAGCUCCUCUGCUGUGGCCUUGAGCUCCCCAAGGCUGCUGCCCAACUCAGCUCCAUCCCCAUACCACAUACUUUCUCCUCCUCUUCCUCCUCCUGGGCCCUCUGUAUUCCUGCCACCCCCUAGGAAACCUUCCCUUCGAGGCCACGGCCACACCCUGGAGGUCCUCUGCCCUGAGGACAAUGUGGCCCCCAGCUGGCUUGAUUUGGCUGGCCUUGGGGAGAUGCCUGACACCCCCAACUCAAGGUCUCCCUCCACGGAGAGUUCUCUGGGGCCACCGGGUGCAGAGAGCCAGGCUUGCGUUUGGAGGGACCCACCAAACGCGAGCCUGGUGAGUGAGUUCUCCAGGGUGCCCCCCAGCCACACUCUACCCCACGCUGGGUGCACAGGUCUCCAGGAGGCUGGGGAACCCCAAGUGCUGUCGGCCAACCCUCUGUGCCCAGUAGAGGCCGUGGCUGCCACAUGGGAGUGUCCGUGGGCUCUGGAGGCGCUUAGGCCUGAGUUCCCCCGGGGAGCUAUGCCCAGCUUCCAGGAAGUAAUUGAGCCAGCCGCCACGGCUGUGGACCGUCAGGCUAUCUUCCCGGAUACCUGGAGUCUCAUGAAGGCACGUGGACAGCAGAAGGAGAGGGCAAGGCCAGAGCCAGGGGAGCCAGAGAGCAGAUGCCCUGCCCCAGUUGAGGAGGAGCAGUUAGGUGGAGAGACGGCCACGGGGGGCAGCCUGGUCAGGCCAGCCCAGGGACCCAAGACCCCCAGGAGGCCAGAGGGCACCACUGAAGCUGCUGCAGAGGCCAGGAGGGAACGGCCAGAACUUCCACAGGCUGUGGUCGUGGACACACCCAACACCACGGAGAGGAUUUCCACCUCUGGCCAGGCAGGCAUCCGCUCCAUGAUCAGGAGGAGCCGGGAGACCGGCCACGCUCACCCCAUGUCCCGGGAGCCCUCCCCUCGUCGCCAGCUGGACCCCGCCACCCUGAGCAGGACCCCGUCCCAGGAGCGGCUCAUCGCGGAGCUGCAGGGUCGGCUGGGCAUCCAGCCGGAGGUGGAGGAGGCCGAGGGGGCCUCGGGGGCCUCUGCCGAGGACUGGCUGACCGAGGGCGUCGUCAUCACUGUGCAGCCGUGUGGGAGGCGGGCUAGGGGGCAGCUGGUAGAGAAGGUAGUUGUCUUCCCUCCUGGCUCUCCCAUUCCCCUGAGAAGAACCUUCUCUGUUCUGCCUUCUCCUCCUCCUCCCAGCCCUUUGCUCCAGCAUCGCAAAGACGCCUCGGCCAGCAGUUCUUCUCCCCGGCCCAGCCCGCCCACCUCCUCCACCCUGGGGCCCUCGGUUCUUCCUCGAGGUCCCCCCGGGGUCCAGAGUGCUGGGGCGGGGCCACGGGAAGACGGUGUGCAGGGCCCCACCCCGCCCACUCCUGCGCCCCACUCUGUGAGGUCCAUGGGCUGCCAGACCGACGAGGACCCACUCUUCCCCCCGAUGCAGAUCCAGGGCCUGGAACAAAGAGUGGACGGAGAGCUGUGCUGGGCGGCCGGCUGGCCUCCGAACAGCAGCCAGAGCAGCCCUGAAGGGCAGGACGAGGGAGGGUUCAUGGCCCAGGGGAGGACAGGGAGCAGCUCUCCCCCGGGAGGGCCCCCAAAGCCUGGGAGCCAGCUUGACAGCAUGCUGGGGAGCCUGCAGUCUGACCUGAACAAACUGGGGGUCGCCACAGUCGCCAAGGGGGUCUGCGGGGCCUGCAAGAAACCCAUCGCUGGGCAGGUCGUGACCGCCAUGGGGAAGACGUGGCACCCAGAGCACUUCGUCUGCACCCACUGCCAGGAGGAGAUCGGAUCCCGGAACUUCUUUGAGCGGGAUGGACAGCCCUACUGUGAAAAGGACUAUCACAACCUCUUCUCUCCGCGCUGCUACUACUGCAACGGGCCCAUCCUGGAUAAAGUGGUGACAGCCCUUGACCGGACGUGGCACCCUGAGCACUUCUUCUGUGCCCAGUGUGGAGCCUUCUUUGGGCCUGAAGGGUUCCAUGAGAAAGACGGCAAGGCCUACUGCCGGAAGGAUUACUUUGACAUGUUCGCCCCCAAGUGUGGCGGCUGCGCCCGAGCCAUCCUGGAGAACUACAUCUCGGCCCUCAACACCCUGUGGCAUCCUGAGUGCUUUGUGUGUCGGGAAUGCUUCACACCAUUUGUCAAUGGCAGCUUCUUCGAGCAUGACGGGCAGCCCUACUGUGAGGUGCACUACCACGAGCGGCGGGGCUCGCUGUGCUCCGGCUGCCAGAAGCCCAUCACGGGCCGCUGCAUCACCGCCAUGGCCAAGAAGUUCCACCCGGAGCACUUUGUCUGUGCCUUCUGCCUCAAGCAGCUCAACAAGGGCACCUUCAAGGAGCAGAACGACAAGCCUUACUGUCAGAACUGCUUCGUCAAGCUCUUCUGCUAGGCGCGCUCAUCCCUUCCUCUGCCCCGCUUCCCGGCCCAGCCUCCCCACUGCUCCUGUGACCCAGAGGCCUCGCCCAGGGGUGAAGGGGCAAACCCGACUGAAACUGGAACCGCGUCCUUGGC